GGUUCCGGCCGCCGCGGGAGCGCCCCCGGCCCCCCGGAGGGACCGCCGGGCCCAGGCGGUGACAGCGGCGGCGGGACCGGGGCAGCGCGGCGGGAGGGGCGGCGCUGUCAGGGGCCCACCGAGCUCCCCCUGUCCCAGCGCGGCCCGGCCGGGCUCGCCGCUCCCCUCGGGCCUGGCGGGGUCACCUUCAUGGGCGGGCGGUAGCGCGGGGCCCGGCGCACGGCGGUGCCCGGGGCCUGGUGAGGCGUCGCCGGGGCAGAGCGGGGAUCGGAGGCGGCGGGACCCGGGGCGAUGUUCGUGCAGGAGGAGAAGAUCUUCACGGGGAAGGUGCUGAGGCUCCAUGUGUGCACCAUGGAGGGCGCCGAGUGGCUGGAGGAGGUUCCCGAGGACACCACGGUGGAGAAGCUGAAGGAGCGGUGCCUGAAGCACUGUGUACCUGGGAGCUUGGAGGAUCCAAAAACCAUGACACAUCAUAAGUUGAUACAUGCUACUUCUGAGAAGGUGCUGACAGACACAAAAACAGUGUUGGAGGAAAACAUUCAAGAUAGAGAUGUCUUGCUUUUGAUAAAGAAACGUGCGCCACCUCCGCUCCCCAAAAUGGCAGAUGUGUCAGCAGAGGAGAAAAGGAAACAAGAGCAGAAAGCUCCUGAUAAGGAUGCUAUUCUCAAAGCAACUGCAAAUCUGCCCUCUCGCAAUGUGGAUCGCACCGUGGCCCAUCACAACAUGAGGGAUUUUCCUUUCUUGCAGUUCCAGACAGAGCUCCGGAAGAUCUUAGUGUCUCUCAUAGAAGUUGCACAGAAACUGCUAGCACUGAACCCAGAUGCAGUUGAACUAUUUAAGAAAGCAAACGCUAUGCUGGAUGAGGAUGAGGAAGACAGAGUGGACGAGAUAGCACUGCGACAGCUUACAGAAAUGGGGUUUCCAGAAAGCAGAGCUGUCAAAGCCCUUCGAUUAAAUCAUAUGUCGGUGACGCAGGCCAUGGAGUGGUUGAUAGAACAUGCAGACGACCCUACAGUGGAUGCUCCACUUCCAGGUCAGACUGCUUCAGAAGCCACAGCUGAAGCUAGUGCAUCCUCCGCUGAAGCAACUGCGGGUCCUAGUUCAGAAGCGAGUGGGGAAGAGGCCAAGGAUGAGCUGACAGAAAUAUUCAAGAAGAUCCGGAGGAAAAGAGAGUUUCGUCCAGACCCACGAGCUGUCAUUGCCCUGAUGGAGAUGGGAUUUGAUGAAAAAGAAGUGGUAGAUGCACUCAGAGUAAACAACAACCAGCAAAAUGCGGCCUGUGAAUGGCUGCUGGGAGACAGAAAGCCUUCUCCAGAGGACUUAGAUAAGGGCAUUGACACCAAUAGCCCUCUCUUCCAAGCCAUCUUAGAAAACCCAGUGGUACAGCUAGGGCUAACCAACCCUAAAACUCUACUAGCCUUCGAGGAUAUGCUUGAAAACCCCUUGAACAGCACUCAGUGGAUGAAUGACCCAGAAACUGGGCCUGUCAUGCUACAGAUCUCUCGAAUCUUCCAGACGCUGAAUCGCACGUAGAGGGGAAUGCCAGUCCACUGUGCCACUUCCUACUGUCCCUCGCUUUCCCUUCACCUCAGCGGGAGGGUGCAUGGAUUGUUUGGGGAGGGGGUGGAUGGAAGGGGAGGGUGGGAGAUCCUGUCUGACUGGGUCUCUCGCACGAGAGCUUAUGUAGUUAUGGCCAACUGAAGUUUAAUUGCCUUGUGUAUUUAGUGUUAGUGGAAGAGGUUUGAAGACUUGUUUAUGUUUUCAGGUAUUAGGUUUAAAAUAAAGUAUAUCAAAAAAUAGGAAAAGGUUUUGUGAAAACAAUUAAGAAUCUGAUUGUUGAAACAAAUUAUGAUACUGUUUGUUAAAAAGGCCUGUGACAGUAGUUUUCUAGCCAGUUUUGCUAGCAUCUGGCUAGUGUUUACAAAAGGUCACUGACCACUAGCAUAGUAUAUUAAUCAUCUCCAUACAGUAUUAAUUUAUGGCUAUAUCAAAUUAUGAAAUGCUUUUUAAAAUUGAUUCUUAGGAACUGUUUUUUAAAAGUCCAAAUACUGGGAGAGCAAGCACGUUUCUAUCCAAACCUGUUUAUUUUGCAUUAUAAUUUAAACGGAAUAAUUCAGAGAUGGAAUUCUUUCAAUAAAUAGCAUUACUUUUUCCUA